AUACCAGGCGACGACAUCGUGCGCCGUCCGUCCGUUGGCAGAUGUCAAUUUCUACAAACAAGGCAUGGAACGAGAUGUCUGACGUUUGUAGAUAACAGUUUAAAAUUGAAAGCAGUUGACUGAUUUUCUCAAGCGUGAAGAUGUGCGAUUCGAGUAAUAAAAAGCGAUGACGCUUCUACUUAACGGUACUUAGAUAAAAAAGAAGAAGAAAAAGAAAAUGCACGGUGUAACGAGGCUUUGUUUGUUCGCGAAAAAGAUAUUGCUUCUGUUGUUGCUCGUCGUCGUGCGAUAGGAACUUCUCUUCAUUCCUUUCUCUACUCUCACCGUUCUUUCAGCGAACGCUGAGUGAUUAUUUGUGUCACUUUGUUCUACGGGCGCACCUAACCUUCGCGUGAUUUUCAAACCCGUUGACGAGGUUUCUUCUAUUACCCGGGAAAUCGAAACGCAGCCGUGAUCGAAAAUGGCAUGUGUACUGCUCAAUCAGGACAACGUUCGCAUAAAAAUACCGUCUUCGGAGACGAUCGAGAACGUGACCUACUACGAGAUUGAGGUUAUGGUGUCGUCGAUCAAAUGGACGUUGAGGCACAGGUACAACGAUUUCGCCGAACUCCACGAGGUCCUCGUGGCUGAGCACUGCGUAGAGAAGGAUAUCCUACCUCCGAAAAAGUUGAUCGGCAAUAAGAGCGAAGGGUUCAUAGAGAAGAGGAGAAUCGCCCUCGAAACCUAUCUAAACUCGGUUUACACUUACCUCAAAAAAGCCAUGCCGAGGGAGCUCGCUUUGUUCCUUGAAUUCCACGUUUACGACAUAUUUUUUCUACUGCAGAACAUGGCGCUUCAAUUCUUCAACGAAGGCGUUGCCAUCCUUGAAAAUUCACAGGAUUACACCUUCGAUCUAGUCCAGCUCUACGCCAUCAGCGAAAGACUAAAGCAGCCUCGUUCUCCCCUCGAAGUCGUCGAUCGAAAGUUUGACUUUAGCCAUGUCUUGGACUUCAAUUCGCACUUGAGAAGCCUUGUGGUUGAGGGGCGCAGCGCUCCUUAUGGGACCAGCAACAUUGUGCCGUGUACUCUUCCAGUGGAAUUUUCCACUUUUAGGAGUGUCGAGAAUCUCACGAUUGAUGGGUAUUCUGUGAACAGAAUUUACAACAUGGGAAAUCUAAGGGACACUGUGAAGGUUUUAAGGGUCCACAAUACCUCGUUGAAGAACAUCGUCGAACUUGCGAUGUGCGAAGAAGUUCACAGGCACAUUGCUAACGCGAACGAUUCUCACCUUUGGUUAAAAGUCACGCGGUUGGAUUUAAGCAGAAAUAGAAUCGAGGCUAUCGAUGAGGCGAUCAGACUCCUGCCACACAUCGAAUCUCUGACUUUGAACAACAAUGUGUUGUCUGAAAUAUCGAAUGUUACUCUGCUUCCAAGAUUGUCCGAGCUUCACUUAGCUUCCAAUAAUUUUACGUCAUUGCCUGACAAUCUGCAUACCAAGUUGGGGAACAUCGUUUAUAUUGACUUUUCGCAGAAUAAAUUAAACUCCUUGUCCGCUUUUGCAAAAUUGUAUUCGUUAGAGGGAUUGGACAUUAGCUGCAACCACAUCGAGGACAUUGAGGAGAUAAAACACGUCGGGUGUUUGCCUUGCUUGGAGAAUUUGAUGCUCACAGGGAACCCGGUUUCCACUAUUGUUGAUUACAGAGUCAAAGUAUUAGAGCCGUUUGGUAAAAGAGCGGCUGAAAUUUGCUUGGAUAAUGAAAAACCAAACCAAAAGGAAUUGGACACUGUUUCAAUUUUACAAGCACUCAGAAUAGCGCGAGAAGGUAAACCUGUUGUCCUCAAUGCAGCUGACGCAGCUUUGUUCUCAGCACAAGUUCCGACCAGUUAGAUUAAUCGUUACUUUAAAGUUAAGUGCACAUGCAAAACGCCGCUGUUAUAAAAGUAUUAAGGAAUAAGGAAAAAAAAGUAAAGAAAGAAAAACUGCUUCAUCACUCAAAAUUAGACAAUAUUCGGUGCAAAGAAAUGACUUUUGUACGUUGUAGUUGGUAGAUUAGUCGAAAGAUAGAUUUUUAAGUAUUUUUAAUGACGAUGAGCGAUUAGCAUUUUUACCAAUUUCAACACGUUGAAAGGCACUUUGUCCAGGCUUAUACGUUUUCGUGGCCCGUUUUCUAUUACCUACCAAUGUUAGGGUUGUAUUCAACGACAAGAAACUUUCCCACAGAAUUCUUCAUCAAUUUUCUGCGUAACUGUCAGGUUGGUCUAGUCGCAACUGAUUUUCAAUCUACUCGUUACCAAAGGAUAGGAACCACGUUUGCGAAGUGUAUCAGACUUUUGAUAAACAUUGCAGAACUUGUCAAACAAUCAAUAAGGUUCUUUGUCUUCGAGGCUCAAUCCGCUUAGUAUUCAUUAAGGUAUUUUCAUUCUGUGUUUAGAGAAGUUUUUUUCUCAUCUCGGACUAACUGCAUCCCAUCUGAAGAAAAAAAUUAAACCUGUAUAUGAUGAUAGGUGUACAUUGAAAAGUUUUGUUUCUUUACAUUAAUUGUAAGUACUAAGGCUGGUCAUAACGCCAGUAAAUAUAAAAUCUGAUGCAAUAAUCCGUCAGUAUAUGUAGAAUGUUAUUUUUCUGACCUCGCAGUCACUUUUAAUUAGGUCGGUGAUUCGCACUGAAGUUAUUCUCUUUUACUGAUUUAUUUAUUUUUUCUUUCCAAUAAAUUGGGUGAUAUCUUUUCAGUAUGCUAUACCAAAACUCAGUAGGUGAUAAGAUUGAAAAAGGAAAGAAAAACCAUCGAAAAU